GUGGAGAUUCUUCUGCUGGGUUCGGUCCCUUGUGCCAAAAGAGCAACUAUGGAAAUCUCUUUUAAAGCUUACCAACAGAUCGGCGCAAACCCAGCACUGUGGUGGUGCUCGGCCUCUUUCUUGGUCUGUUCAAGGGGAUCUCGGUUCAUCAUGUUGCCUUCGAAGUGUGUUCUGAAGGGCUGA